UUUCUUCUCUCUGCGACCCAAUUCUUGUCUACGAGCGUUUCGACUUUCGGCUGUCGUCGUCAUCGAGGAAACGGUGGAGAUCAAUCUCGGUCGAUGACUCUUAUGGCGGCUUCGAGGCCUCCGACGAGAACUCCGGCGAUUUUGUGAAGUCCCUGGAUUGAGUUCCUUCUCGGUCGAGCGCCAUGGCGGCUCCCUUCUUCUCCUCCCCUUUCCAGCCCUACGUCUACCAGAGUUCCCAAUCAGCAGUGACAGCUUUUCAGAUACUGGGUGGAGAGUCUCAGAUUGUUCAGAUAAUGUUAAAAUCACAAGAGAAGCUUAUUGCAAAGCCUGGUGCAAUGUGUUACAUGUCUGGGUCAAUUCAAAUGGACAACAACUACAUCCCUGAACAUGAAGCGGGGUUUUGGCAGUGGCUUUUUGGCAGAAGUGUGACAAGCAUAGUUCUCUGCAAUCUUGGUCCAGAAGAUGGAUUUGUUGGAAUUGCAGCACCAUCUCCUGCAAGGAUACUUCCGAUUGACUUGGCAAAUUUUGGUGGUGAGAUUCUUUGUCAGCCAGAUGCAUUUCUUUGCUCUGUCAAUGAUGUUAGAACUAUCAGUAAUGUUGAUCAAAGACCCCGCAACUUUGAGGUUGGUGCAGAGGUGAUCCUGAAACAGAAGCUAGUAGGCCAGGGUCUUGCAUUUCUUGCGGGAUGUGGAUCUGUCGUGCAGAAAAUUCUUGCUCCCGGAGAAGUAUUAAUAGUCGAUGCUGUGUGUAUUGUUGCUAUGACAUGCACUAUCAAUUUUCAGCUGAAGCACUCCCAUCCAAUGAGAAGAGUGGUCUUUGGGGGUGACAACCAAUUGAUGGCCACACUAUCAGGUCCUGGAGUUGUGUUUAUUCAGAGUUUACCUCUCCCUCGACUUUCUCAACGUAUUGCAAGGGCAGUUGCAGCUCCAAGCUUGAGGGACAACCCAAAGUUUUUCAUGCAGAUCGCUCUCUUGUUCUUCCUUGCCUAUGUUAUGAUUGUAUCAUCAUUAAUUUUGACCGAUGUUUAGAUUCUCAUCGCCAAAUACUCGCAUCUGUUUUCAUAUCAGCAAUUUGUGAUGGCAAUAGGAUUCUCAUCUCCUUUUGUUUUAUUAGUUAUAGAGGCUCUUUGGAUGGUACAGUA